AGGUAAGAAGAACAUACGAUCAUUUUAUAGAAGAAUCUAGCAGGGUCAGUUUGCAAAAUUUCGAUACCAUGUCUAAACACUCUAUUUUGGAUCAAUUUGCAAAGCUUGAUAAACUGCUACAAAUUACCAACGAGCUUGAACGAUCGAAAAUCUUAAUAGUCAACGAGAGAGACUCAUCGCUUUUUACGUCCUCCGAGCAGGAGCUUAUCUCCAGUGGAGAGCGGCUGGAAGCAUUGAGUGAGCUAUUGUGCGAGUACUCCAAUAAACUUUCGAAAAUGGCAUUGGCAUUAGGCCAAUUGAGCGUCCUUCUUUUUAUAAUCACUUUUCUUUGCGAAUUUUUUGGAGUGAUUUCUUCUAUUCCUGGAGACAUUCUGGAUGAUAGAUUCAACUCCGAUGAUGGUGGUGGACCCUUGUGGCGCUAUCAAUACAACUAUUCCUUAAAGUGGCCAUAUGUCCUUUCCAAAGAUGCCAAGCAGCCGGUUUAUUAUGAUAUUUACAAUGGUUCUAUUUAA